GCUACCCUUUCACCUCCCGGCAGUUGGGUAACGUGGACUGGACACCCGCUGGCUAGCAGUGGAGUCGGGGCUGUGCCGCCCAGGGGAGUUGGGCGCGCGGGACUGCGAAGGUGUGCUUCGCGGCGUGGCUCAUCUUUCCGGGAAGGAGCUAUGGGGCGCGCAGGCUCCGGGGAGCGGACGCCGGUGUAGUACGCGCGGUGCCUGGUCCGGGAGCGCGGCGGCCGCGUGCGCGGGGAGGCCUUUGAAGGCCGCGGUCCAGAGCGCCCAGCCUCUGGCGCCAUGGCCCCCAUGGGCAUCCGCCUGUCCCCCCUGGGGGUGGCCGUGUUCUGUUUGCUGGGGCUCGGCGUCCUUUACCACCUCUAUUCGGGCUUCCUGGCCGGUCGCUUCAGUCUCUUCGGCCUGGGCAGCGAGCCUGGAGGUGGUGCGGCGGGACCCGUGGCCGUGGCUGAGGGCGGCACCGUGGACCUGCGGGAGAUGCUGGCUGUGUCCGUGCUAGCUGCCGUCCGUGGUGGCGACGAAGUGAGGCGAGUCCGCGAAAGCAACGUUCUGGAGGAGAAGUCCAAGGGGAAGACGCGCGAGGGAGCCGACGACAAGAUGACCAGCGGGGACGUACUGUCUAACCGCAAGAUGUACUACCUACUCAAGACGGCCUUCCCAAAUGUGCAGAUAAAUACAGAGGAACAUGUGGAUGCAACCGAUCAGGAAGUUAUCUUAUGGGAUCAUAAAAUUCCUGAGGACAUCUUGAAGGAAAUAGCCACUUCUAAAGAGGUACCAGCAGAAAGUGUUACUGUCUGGAUCGACCCACUGGAUGCUACACAGGAGUAUACAGAGGAUCUUCGAAAGUAUGUCACUACUAUGGUUUGUGUGGCUGUAAAUGGUAAACCUGUGCUAGGAGUAAUACAUAAGCCAUUUUCUGAAUAUACAGCUUGGGCAAUGGUAGAAGGGGGGUCAAAUGUGAAAGCCCGCACUGCCUACAAUGAGAAGACACCACGGAUCGUUGUGUCUCGCUCCCAUUCAGGAAUGGUCAAGCAGGUUGCUCUUCAGACUUUUGGAAACCAGACUACAAUUAUCCCGGCUGGUGGUGCUGGUUAUAAAGUUUUAGCGCUCUUAGAUGUGCCUGAUAAGAGUCAAGAAAAAGCUGAUCUAUAUAUUCAUGUGACGUACAUCAAAAAGUGGGAUAUAUGUGCAGGCAAUGCCAUCUUAAAAGCCCUUGGGGGGCACAUGACCACCCUGAGUGGUGAAGAAAUCAGUUAUACCGGUUCUGACGGCAUUGAAGGCGGGCUCCUGGCUAGCAUCAGAAUGAACCACCAAGCUCUAGUCAGAAAACUCCCAGAUCUAGAGAAGACAGGACAUUAAUGAGCAAUGUUGAUUGUAGAUCACAGCUCUUCCAGAGCUGACAUGGUCAGCCUAACACGCUGGAGGCUUCGGAGGAUCAGUGGAAACUAUGCAUGGUUAAGGCCAUCCCAAACUUUUUAAAGUAUUUAUGAAGCAUCGGAGACUUCUUUUCCCUGUAAUAGGAUGCAAGAUCAGGGAAGAUGGAUUGCUUCGUGUCUCAAGUAUUGUCUUUAUUUUUGAGACUAUUUUCGUACAGUUGUCACACACGAGACAUAUAUAUAUAUUUGUGAAUUAAAAUCUGUAACUGAGUCCACAUUGUUAUGCGUCACCAUGUUCACACAACAUCAUGAAUCUUCAUUGUUAGUACUUUCAUGUAGAAUUGGGCUGAAGAAAGGAUUAAUUUCAUAUAGAUGUUUAAUAUUACUUACAUCUCAUUGAAAAUAAAGUAAUUUGGGGUUUUUAACCCCUAAUUCAGAUGGAAAGCACAAGAAGCCACAUGUUCGUUAAUAUGCAACAAAUGCUCUAUUUAUCCAUUCCUGAAUAUUUGUUAUGGAUUAAAAUAGAAAAGGCUUAUAUUGUUUUUUCUUUGAAAUUUUAAUAGCAGGUUCACCAGCUAGUAGAGAAUAUAGAUGUAUGGUAGUUGUGUUGUAAUUUCUGUAUGUGUGUGUGUGUGUUUCUCCAAUGAACAAUAGGUUUGUACCCAUAGGUUCAACUUUUCUGACAUCUUGCUGUUGGUUUUCAUUUGCCCUAUAGACAGUGCAUGAUUCCAUCCUUUCCCCCUUGACCAACAUUUUAGCCUUUUACUCAUAAGUUUUGGAUUAAGAUUUCAGGGUUGGCAUUGCAUUUUUGGUACAUUUUCUCAUUAGGGACAAAAUAUACUAUAAGGCACUACAAAAAUAUAAAGAAUUCUAUUAUUAAUUGAAAGUUAUUUGACACUACAUGAAUUGGGCUAGAUUUCAUUAUUUUCAAAAGCUUUAAGUACUUUUUAAAAAAUUUGCCAAGUCUGUAUAUAAAAAUUCUCUCAUCAUCAAGAAUGAGUUAUGGUUACUGUUAUCAUUAAUAAAUGGAUCUAACCUAACCAAACUCGAAGUAGUAAAUUUUGAGCUAUUUUAUAAUUGCCCUUCAGAUUAAAAUUAUGCAAGUUAAAAUGAAUUUUUGAAGCAUCAUUUUUCUAGUCAGUGUGCAGGAUCUGGUUGGAAGAACGGCUGUGGCCUGUUCACCGUGUCACUGUAAUUAGGACCUUGCUUUGUGGACUACCAUUGGGAUGUCUGAUUUCUUUCAUUGUGAUAUCUGAAAAUUCAUGUAUGCAAGCAGUACCAUGAUUUCAUGUGACUUUGAUGUCCUUGUAUUUUGUAACACUGAUAAGGAGAGAGAUUUCUCACAGUUUCCUUUCCUCCCUCCCUUUUUUCCUUCCUUCCUUACCCCUAAAGCAAUUUUCCAUUUAUUCCCUAUCUUGGAGAUAAAUUUGACCAAAGAAGGAACAGCCAGCCUCACCGGGUGGAAUGUGCAUAUAUGGUUUUAGGUUUGCAUAUAACACUAUUCUCCAAAGCCCUUUAAUUCCUCAUUAGGAAAUUGAAUUUAGCAUGAUGCACAGGUUUCCACCCAGUCACUAGUGACUGGCCAUGAAUCUGAUAGGCCUCACUACAUAGGCUUUUUUAUUCAGUGACAAUUCGCUCAAGAAUUUUGGUAGUUGGAAUACUUGAUAUUUAAACAGGACUUAGGAAUUUUGAACAGAUUAUUAAAGACUUCAUCUUUUUACUUUGCAAUGAGAUGAGAAAAUCCUUUUUUCCUCAGGAGACAUAGAAAAAACACACAGAGUGUUUCCAGAGUUCUGUAGUAGGAGAGCAUUUUUGUCAGUGUAAUUUGCCAAACUUCGGGAACCAGAACUAGCAUAGUAGGAAAUGGAAUUUCUUCAAUUGGAGUUGGGGAUUUCUCCCCAAUAUUAUAUGGAAACUUUAGUAAGUAUGAUUGCUUUGGUUUUAUUUUUAACUUUAUUAAUUGCAUGUAGAUAAUGACUUUGUGAAGAAAUUGUGUGCAAAAAUUAAAAUAUUGGCUGUCAGUUAAAUUUAUUUUUAUAAUUUGGAAUAGUCUAGUUACUAAUGAUUUUCAAGGGCUUUUAUAGAAAGUCUUUAAAUUUACUUGUUUCUGAAAGUCAGUAUACAUCACAGAACUAAUAUAACUACAAAGAACAGUAUUUAUAUUUAUUUAUGUAAGACAUUAUUCACCAGCACAUAGCCAAACACCUUUAUGAAUAAGUGAGGCACGUACUGCCUCCUAGGAUUACAUAAAUUAUUUCUAAAAUGUAGCAAAAUAACUAGAGUUUACUUUUAGUGAAUCUUAUCUCCCCAACUCCUGGUCUUCCCUUUCCCUCAUCUUUGUCCUUACUUAGAGGGUCAUUUUCCCUUAAAACUGAGUUUUACACAUCACAUUAGUGAAAGCAGCAACAUCAUAACCUCAGUAGCCGUCAGCUAUCCCCUUUUUCUCCCUCUCUUUCUACCUCGUUCCCUAUCUCCCUAGCCCCUAAUGUUCUCAUUUUAUUUCUGCUCUUCUUUCUUAAUCAAUAUAAUCUUCCCCAAACCUUAUCCAGGAAUUCUUUCACAGACAUAAUUUAUCUUAAAAUUGGCUGCUGUAAUCUUGGAGUAGAACUGAAGCUCCAGUAGUUCCCAGUGAUCAAUCCUGGUGGAAUCCUAGCUGGCCGUUUUCAGACUUCCCGGAAAAAGUAAAGUGUAAGCACUUCAAAACCACAGAGCUUUGUGCUGUUAAAUCUAAUUCAAUGCUUCUGUCUUUACAAAGCAAUUCUUCCAACCCAUCCUUCAAAGAAUGGUAAUGCAGAAAAUACGAGAGUUGGGUAUAUAAGCCUGUUUGAGAAAACUUGCUUUUUCUUUUAGUUUUCAUGCUUGAAUCCUUCCUUAAUUCAGUUGAGAUUACAAGGACCUACAAGAUAGGUCCUGUCUGUCCUUGGUAUUCAGUUGUCCCCUUUUCCUCAAUUUUAGGUGUUUUAAAAAAUUUAACAUUCAAGUGAAUUGUUUAGAGCUGUAUAAUGAAAUAAGCAUUUUGGUGUAUGUGUUUUAAGUAACAGUUGUGCAAACUCUUCUGGGUGCCCCCUCUCAGUAUUGUGCAAACUGGGGCAGAGGAAGUGGGGAAGGGUCAGUGGCUAAGAAAAGGGUGGGAAAGAGGAAAGACAGCCAAGGGGAAGGGUAGCAGAGGGAGGAGGCAAAGCACGCACCUGCCCUGACCCUGGCGAUCGGGAACCUUGCCCUUGUCUCAAGCCCUUGUCUCAGAUAUUUAAUUCAAGUAUUGGCUUUCACUCAGGUGUUGACGGUGACAACUGUCCCUGAUAGCCCAAGCAUAAAGGAAGGCAGGAGUGCACUCCCAUUCCUCAGAAAAGAGAACACCCAGCUUGCCUGUCCUAGAUUACACCUUGAAAAUGGCCUUAUGGAUACAGUCUGUGGCAAGUUAGAAAUGGAAACUAUUUGGGUUAUUCUAACUGCAAUUACUUAGUUAUGUGCUGAUUGCUCCCUGAUAGGAACAAUGAUUUUUCAUUUUGAUUAUUUUCAGUAUAUGCCUACAAAAGUCUAUUUUGUAACUUGCAUAAAAUAAACCUAAACUAUGGUUUUAUUUUUAUCCUAAAAAAAUGUUGUGCCUUAACAAUAGGGCAUUGUAUGUUAAGGGAAAACACAAUCUUUUUUUUAACAGAUGGGGAAAAUAGGAACUUUUCACCAUUAAAAUUUAAGUUCUUUUAAAAUGUUUUUAACAUUAGAGUUGGGAAAAAUUCAUUAAAGUUAAAACUGAUAUAAAAUUAUUUUUGCAUAAUCUAGCAUUUACAACAAAAAUACAUUUUUAUAGCACAUCUAUCUUGGUAUAUAGGUUUGAAAUAAUACUUUAUCCUUUGGUUUUUAAUUUCAAUGAAUAUAAGAUCAGAAUAGAUUACAUUUUUAAAGUUUUUACUUUUAAAUCACUUUUAGUGUGCUAUUAUAUGUUCUAGUAUUGAGUCACUUUGAUAUUAAAACAAGUAGCUAUUUAUUCACUGUGCCAUAUCAGUAAUUUAUUAAUGUUCAAAAAUAGUGUAUGUUGUGAAUUACAUAACAAACCAGAGCAGUUUCUAGGUGGGGGUGGGUUCUGAUUACCAGUUACUGUGUGGGUAAGAAGAAUUAAACUUCAUACUUCAAAAGGAGGUUUUACUUUCGUGUUUUGAGGUGCUGGUUAUAUAAGUUGUUGGUUUUUAUUUCCUCAAAGCCUGGCAGAUGUUUUCAUUGCAAUUUGUCAUUGGUAAAGGCUUACAGGGAAGCUUUCUAUUUUGUUUAAUUUUUAACUCUGGUAGUGAAUUAAUUUUGUGGGAAAAUGAAAUAAAGUUUUCCUUUGAGAUAAAAUAAUAUAAGCCAAACUUUCAAAAGUUAAGGAUGAUGGAUAAUAUUAAAACAUCUUGUUAUAUAUUGUUUGUUGUAACGAUUCCCAAACUAUUGUAAUUAAGGUAGUUUGUGUAAUUACAAAAGCAGAAACUGAUCUUUGACUGUUACAAUGUUUCAUUAAAAUUCUCUUUGAGGUGUAUGUUAUACACAUAGUAAAUUAUUAUUCAAGAAAGAUUGUGUAUUUUUUAAGUAGAAAAUAUAGAUUACCAAGUCACCAUUAGAUCAGUUAGCUCACAAAGACUUCAUCUUUCUCCUUAAGUUGAAGCCUUCUUCAUUUAUGUUGAGUUAGACAGAAUGUUUAUGGGAUUUGAUUUAUGUGUAAAAUAUGCACUUGAAAUUCAUCGCCCUUACAUCCACCACUGGCAGUAGCUAAAGUCAGCUUCACAGUCCAGCAGGAGAGACCACGUCCUGCCGUGACGAACUGUGGGUGAUGAACUGUGGGGCUGCCGGUGGCUUCCCCCGUUCGAUGUGUUACUUGCGCUACUAGAUGCAUAUACACAAGGGGUUGAAUUGACAUGAUGUUUCCAGUCCAUGCUCCUGCCAAUUCAGACUUUGUUUUUAAUCACCUUCACUUUCUGUCAGUCUCUUUCAUAUAAUGGGCUAUUGAUGAUGACAGGGUUAAAGUGAAAAUAUCUUUGAACACCCCUACCCCUCACACAUUUAAAGCUGUAGAGGAACCAGGCCACUUCCUGUUGCCAAGACUUGCUUAGACACCCGAGUUUACUGGGCGUGCUGUGCCCUGCCUCACCCACACCACCAAAUCGAAGGGGACAGGGGGUCUCAACCUCAGACUUCAGUGUCUACUGGAAAGUAGAACUCUCCCCCUCCUUGUUUUUAGAGCAUUUGUUUGUUUUGUUUUUGAUUUGUUGUUCCUCACGUAUCACACUCAUGCAUCACACUCAUUUGUAGAUGUGCUGUUGUAAACUUUCAAGGACAGGGAUUAUAUACCUUGGUGAAUUUUAUGUUUCUGCUUCCACCCUGGUAGCCCAAUGUUUUGAACAAAUUAGGUGCUUAAUGUCUGUUGAACUAAGUUGAAUAAAGGGUUUCCACUAGCA